GAGCUCGAAUACCGGCUGAAGCCGGUAUAAAAUCUGCCAAGCUUCAGUGAGAGGAAACAGAGACAGGGAGCUGGCAGAUAAUACUUCAUCUAGUAUAAUAUCAGUAUUUUAAGUAGUUAAUGCAGUCGAACAUAAACUAGGAAACGAUAUAGUUAAAUAUAUGUCGCUCGGUUGUGACUACUAACGAAUCGCGCUCUCCACAGGAGUGAAUGCGGAUGCUCAGGGCAGAAACGAUGAUCUCUGGUUAACACUUUAACAAAGAAGCCAGCUAGAGGAGAGCUGUUGGUUUUGUGUUUUCUUUUGAACAUCCCGAUUUUCCGCAGUUUUUCCCAACGUCUCGAAACGUCAGUGUCCAUCAUGUCAGGAUUGAUGUCAGCCCUGAAGGGCUGCACGAGCCCAAAUGUGUACACUGAGGUGCCAGAUGGAGGCUGGGGCUGGAUGGUGGCUGUGAGCUUCUUCUUCGUUGAGGUUUUCACUUAUGGCAUCAUCAAGACUUUUGGGAUUUUCCUCAAGGACCUCAUGAGAGACUUUAACGAAACCAACAGCAGAGUGUCUUGGGUUGUCUCCAUCUGUGUCUUUGUCAUGGCCUUCACAGCUCCUCUUUCCACUGUGAUGAGCAACCGCUUUGGCUAUCGGCCUGUCGUCAUGUUAGGUGGGUUCCUGAUUAGCCUGGGCACAAUCACAACGGCCUUCACCAAAACCAUAACUGAGAUGUACAUCACCAUGGGAGUCGUUGCAGGCCUGGGCUACUGCCUUACCUUCCUGCCUACAGUCACCAUCCUGUCGCAGUACUUCAGCAAGCGCCGCUCCCUCGUCACAUCCAUAGCCUCCACUGGAGAAUGCUUCUCCCUGCUAGCCCUCGCGCCAGCUCUGAAUGCACUGAAGGAGCAGAUCGGCUGGCGUUACUGCUUGAUCAUUAUUGGGGUUAUGCAGGCCUCAAUCAUUGUCUGUGGGGCCCUGCUGAAGCCAAUAGUCAUUAAACCCGAACCUGCCACACCAGAGGGUUCCACAUCCCCCCUUAAAGAACCUGAAUCCAAAUAUGAUCUGGAGAACGAAUUCACACACACCUCUAUUGGCUCUGUGGACUCAGGGGUCCAGUCCGUCACCUCCUCGCAGAUCAACCUGUCUGGCCUGGAAUCUACAGAACGGUACUCUCCAGAGAAAGAAGCACUUAGGAAAAAAGAGGAAGGAGAAAACAUUGAAGACAAGCUACCAGUGCUACCUGAGACUGCAAGGGUCUCCAGGCCCAAGCUGUUGGACUUCUCCGUGCUCAAGGACGCCAGCUUUAACUGCUACGCACUGUUUGGCCUGUUCGCCACGCUGGGCUUCUUCGCUCCACAGCUCUACAUCAUUGAGCUGAGCGUGAGCCGAGGCGUGUCACGUGUCAGCGCCACCUACAUGCUCUCGGCCAUGGCCGUGGCUGAGAUUCUAGGUCGUCUGUCCAUGGGUUGGGUCCUCAAUCGCAAACCAAUUCGCAAGAUCUACAUCCUGCUGAUUUGCACAGUGCUGCUGUGUCCGGUGCUGGUCAUCUUCACCUUUGUAACUGAGUUCUGGGGGCUCAUGUCCUGCUCCUGUUUCUAUGGCUUCCUGCUGGGCACCGUGGCCUCCAGCCACAUCCCCAUGCUGGCUGAAGAUGACGUGAUUGGCAUUCAGAGGAUGUCAUCAGCUGUUGGUGUCUAUGUCUGCAUCCAGAGCUUUGCAGGACUGGCCGGUCCACCUCUAGGAGGUUUUCUGGUAGACACGACUGACAAUUACGGAUCAGCCUUUUACUCCUGCGCAGCUGGGAUGGGAGUAGGGGCUCUGUUUCUUGGACUGGUGCGUCCAGCCAAAUCCGGAUUCUGCCUUGGGAAGAGGAGAAGUGACCAGCGAACACCAGACAGAGACUCUACCUCACAGGGAAGUGAUGAUGGCACUGCUGACUUUGUAGAAAUGGACAUGGAGACAGACAACAGUCCAACGAAGGGCAAACCCUGGCCAGUAUGAAUACCGCCUCACCUCAAGAGUAAACAUGCUCCUUAUCUUAUCCUCCACUUGAAUGUCGUCCCAAAGGUCGCAAUACACAAAAUCCCUGUUCCAACAGGGCAAAACAGUCACAAAUCAAAUGUUUAAUCGCUCUUCAUUGCACUUAUGCUGAACACCCAAUCAUAACCAAAACAAGUUUACAUUUUUUUUGUGUUACUCGUUAUUAUUUAUUGAAACAGGGAACAAGACUCCUUUGCAUUCAUUCUGUGGUAGUGCCCAUACUAUGGUCUCCACACACUUUUAGACAGGGCAAGAAUAAACCUAUUAAGCGUUCAAUUCUAUAAUUCUCAUUUACCAAGUCUGCUAAGUGCGAAGCUGACUAUUUAUUUCAUAUUUAUAUUGACCAAAAAUCACCACAACGCUCAGUUCUAAGCUUUAACAUCUAAAAGAUGAAACCUCAGGCUGUUUUGCUGCUUACAGUGAGGCCAUGAUGCGUAUUAAACUGCAUCAGGUUGAAUAAACCUCAUUCAAAGUUAAAGCUGAGACAGGUACGAAGCAGUCAAGUGUUGCACAUUAUUUGCUUGCUUGGGUCUAUUGUUUAAUGCAGCUUUGAUGAUUUUCACCACUUAUUUCCAAACAUUCACUAUUAUAGAUGAUGCAGAUUGUGAAGUCUUCCAUCAUCAGACAGAACAUGUUGAAUGAGGGAUGAAUUAUGCUGACAAAUGUCAAAGGCCUCUGAAUUCCUGCUCGCAGAUGCUGUCUACUUAGAAACACAUUCAAGAGUUUCUUAUCAAGUGGCGAAAGAAUGUCAUGUCACCGCUGUAAUUUGGGAGUUUGUGCCUUGUCCAAAGACUCUGCAGAAUCGAGAGCUUGUGACUUGAAACAGGAAACUAAAGGGGCCGUUCACACAGAACGCGUUCUUGCGCUUAAAAGCGUGAGAUCCGGUGUCUCUCGGGGUGAGUUUUUAAAAAGGUAAUUUAUAACUUGACGUGAGACGCUGAAAACGCCACAUGAGGCGGUGCUACAGUCAAAAUGUCAGUCCAGUAAAAGUGACCAUUUCAUGGUCAUUUUUAAAUGGAAUAUUGCAGUAUUAUAAUUACUUUUAUGAUUAUCUUUGAUCAAAUCAUUUCUUUUCUUCUCUGAUGACAUGUUUUACUGGCACAACAGAGUCACAACAUCACAAUCCAAUCAAUUCCUGACAAAGUCCCGCCCUACAUUUUUUCUUGUUCAGGAAGCUAUUUCACUCGAAUAUACAUCACAGUAUUGAAGAAAACACUAUCACAACUUUGUCUUGUCGACUUUAAAAGCAACAUAGUGGAACGCAAAAAACAAAACAAGAUACGGUCUCGAGACGCGUAAACCGAUGAAAUGAAUGCAGCUCAAGAGACGUCCGUAACGAGCAUCACAGUGGAGUGUGUUCUGUGCGAACUGACCCCAAACACAUAAUAUUGGAUCAGUGUAUCAUGACUCAAAAAAUGGAGUGAAUUUAAAUGCAAAAAGAAUUAGAUAUAUUCUAGCAUAUGAAUUUAGAGAGGUGUAAAGUCCAGGGGUCAGAAAGUAAAAGUCCUGCCAUAUGUUUAUUCCACUCAUGAACUCGGCCAGCUGCUUUGACUAAUUAGUUCUCUCUCUCCUGGCUGAAAAACUGCUAAUUAGCAAAUCUAG